CGUGCGUCCAAAGAGGACGUACUUAUGAGAGGGAGAAAAGCGUCGUUCUCCACAAAAAUCCCCGUUCGCAUUUGGGAUCUUCUUCCUUCUUUUUCCCAAUAUCCCGAUGGAGGAGAUCGAGCUCAAAACAGCACCAGCUGAUUUUCGCUUCCCUACAACAAAUCAGACAAGGCACUGUUUCACUCGCUACAUCGAAUAUCACAAGUGUUUGUCUGCCAAAGGAGAUGAUUCUGGUGAAUGCGAGAAGUUUGCCAAAUACUAUCGAUCCCUCUGUCCUGGGGAAUGGGUUGAUAGGUGGAACGAACAGAGGGAGAACGGUAAUUUUCCAGGGCCGCUGUAAUUGUUCAAAUCCGCGGUUUGUUAUAGCAUGAUCUUUUUGGUUUGUAUUCAUGUCUCUUGAUUUGGAACCCGAAACUCCUGUCGUCGCUAUUGAGCACGCGGUGCUUCCAAUAAUGCCAUUUGUGGAUCUGGAAAUGUUUCUCCAACUUCAUUUAACUUACCAUGCCUACAUGCGUAUAUGCUUUUAAUUUGCUAUCAA